AUGACCGGUGGUUGCAGGCGGACAGCAGAUGCAGCUGGCGAGGGUGACCUGCGGGUGCGGGCGGACAGCAGAGCGGCUGAUGGGGAUGAUCUGCGGCUGGUAGAACGGCAGCGGCAGGAGCAACCAGCUGGCAGCCAGGGGCGUGGACCGAGACGGCUGGUGGAGCCGGAUAGUGGAGGCGGCUCACUGGACGACAGGCGGAAUACGCUCAUGUAUCCCUAUGGAACCAUGUUCCGAGACAGAAGAACCCCCAAGGCAGACGAUGGGGCAUCUCCUGAAAUCCCCAUCUCAGUGCACUUCUCCUUCUAUGACAGGAGAUACCGCUCUAUCUAUGUGAACAACAAUGGAGUGGUAUCAUUCGGCAUCCCUGUUAACCAAUUCACACCUGAUUCCUUCCCACUGACUGAUGGCCGGGCCUUUGUGGCACCAUUCUGGGCUGAUGUGGAUAACCGCAUCAUGGGUGAGGUGUGUUACCGGCAGAGUCGAGAUCCACAGCUUCUGCAGAGAGUCACGGCUGACAUCAAUGUCUACUUCCCUCAUGAAGAGUUCACUGCAGCCUGGCUCUUCAUAGCCACUUGGGACCGUGUGACCUUCUAUGGCUCCAAGUCCUCCAAGGUGAACUCCUUCCAGGUGGUUCUAACCACUGAUGGUGACCUGUCCUUCAUCUUGCUGCACUACAGAGACAUCCAGUGGACAACAGGGGUGGCGAGUGGUGGGGACUCCUAUACUGGAUUGGGGGGUAUCCCAGCACAGGCUGGAUUUAACAGUGGAGGAUCUAAAAAAUACUUCAGCAUUCCUGGUUCACGGACCCCAGACAUCCUGAAGAUCAGUUCAAUGAGCAACAUCAAGAGCCCUGGGCGCUGGGCUUUCCAGGUGGACAAUUUUGCUGUACCCAACGGCUGCGUCUACAACGCCAACUUCUUGCCCUCCGGCACCUUCUUCUGGAGCAACCAGAGGUGUGAGCACAGGUGCCAGUGCAUGUAUGGUGACGAUGGGGUGACAUGCCAAGCACAGGGCUGCUCACUGGAUGAGGUCUGCCAUCCAGUCUCCUGGUACCACGUAUGUCAGCCCAUCAACCGAGCAUCCUGCCAGGCAUGGGGGAGCCGGCACUACACCACCUUCGAUGGGAGACGCUACCACUUCCAGGGGGCUUGCACCCAUGUGCUGUCUCAGCUUUGCGCCCCUCACCAGCCUUCUGGCCUGGCACCAUUCCGGGUGGAGGCAGAGAGUGAGAAGCCAGGAGUGGUACAGGGGGCACCUGGCACCCGGCUUGUCCGGGUCACAGUCUAUGGGAAGGACAUCACCAUGGACCAAGGAGCCAUUGGAUACAUCAUGGUGAAUGGGAUAAAGUCUCUCCUUCCGGUCGCUCUUCUCAGUGGGAAGAUCCAAGUGCACCAGAAUGGCUUCUCUGUUAAAAUUGCCACUGAUUUUGGGCUGGAGAUUUCUUAUGAUGGGAUUCAACAUGUGGUGGUCACGGUGCCCUCAACUUACCAUAACUUGACCUGCGGCCUGUGCGGGACACUGACUGGUGACCCCUCCGAUGACUUCCGGACUCCAAAUGGCAGUUUAGUCACGUCAGCUGCUCUCUUUGCCACAAGCUGGCAGGUAAAGGGUGGCAGGCACCAGUGUGUGGAGGACCAGGAGCUGCCUUCUUGUCCCACUGCUGAACAGGUUCAUUACUCUGGCCAUGACUACUGCGGCAUUAUGCAAAUGUCUCCAGGCCCCUUCACAGCCUGCGCGCAGGCCCUGUCCCAGGCAGGCUGGGUGGAGACUUGUAUAUAUGACCUGUGUAUGUCCAGCGGGAAUCAGACUGUGCUGUGUGGGGUUCUGGGUGCUUAUGCAGAGAGCUGCCAGGCAGCCAACAUCACUGUGGGGCAGUGGAGAACAGACCGAUUUUGUGGUAAGUAA